CACUGUAUGACUGUCUCAGAUGCUUCUCGAUUUUCUCCACCGCCUUAUCUUCCUUCUCUAAUGAUAUCUGUUUCUUUCUCUUCCUCUUGCUUUUCUGGAUGGUUCCAUCCACUGCCCUAGACGCCGUCAUACAACACGGAUGCGCCCUCCACCGCCCAGUGUUUGAUCCCUCCACGGUUUGAGCCCUAAUUUUUUUUUCUUUUUCUUUUUUGGGUUUGGAAUGGAGAUGGUGGCGAUGGAGGAUAUUACUAGCUGGAACCUUAGAAGAUGGAGAUGGAGUCGGACACCGUAGACCUUGGCGAGUCUGCCUCUACCGCAACAGACGUUGGCAGGUCUUCCUCCACCACUGCAAACUUCACCUUCUCUCUUCUAUUCUCUCUCUACACCGAUGGUCCCUCUGCGGUUGUGGCAUAUCGACAGACUGGCGUUCGACGUACGGUUGAAGGUACCCAUCGAUGAUGGGUUUGGGGCAAAACUUGUGAAACAGCCAUCUGAAUGUCAUUGAGGGAGACAGGGUGACUUUUUAUCGGUUCUCACUUCUAAUCUGCUUAACCAUUUGACAGGUACUCUAAAAGAACCAUCUAGAAGAAACUUUCCAGUUGAGUGGGCACAUUCAACAUCAACCAUGGCAGAUGCAAACGAAAUCAUGCGAAAUCUUCCAGCAUCUGACAUGAUAGAAUCAUGCUCCAUAGCUGGACCUGGUUUUAUAAAUGUUAAACUAUCAAAGCAAUGGAUAGCUAAGAGCAUUCAAAAGAUGCUGAAAGAUGGUAUUGAUACAUGGGCACCAAAGCUUGUAGUCAAAAGGGCAAUUGUUGACUUUUGAUCUCCCAGAUAAUGAUCAACCCAUUGGAGAGCUUGAGGUGUUUUACCAGGCAUCAAAGCAGAGAUUUGAUAGUGAUCUUGAGUUCAAAGAGAGAGCUCAGAAGGCAGCAGUCAGUCUUUCAGGAACAAUUUAGAUUAGAAGAACAACAACGUGAAAUAUUUUAUCAGCAACCUCUGACCCAAUUUUGGAGUAGCCAAACAGAUUUUUUUCAUUUUUCGUCUUUUUUCUGUCUGAUGCCAUUGGGAGUUUACUUGCAUGGAAGUUCGAGAUGGUCUAUGGCAGAUGAGGAGAAUGAAUUAUCUUUGUACAUAUAA